GUUCCCGAGUCCUACGAACACAUUGAUAGCGGUGCAUGCUCUCUGAGAGCGUUGGCGGGGAAGUGGUUACAUCGGGUUCGGGGAUCGACUGAUUGUUCCUAAAAGCUCUCUACUAGUUGCUAGAGGGCAGUAGAGGGGUGUCAAAAUUUAACAACAUAACCUGAAUCCCGUGUAAGUGCGAACACCGGCUCAUCGAAAUUCUUUUAUUAUUUUAAUAUAAAUAAUGUGACGAUGCACCAAUUCGUGAUACGAAGAUGAAUCGUACUUUUUCUGGUGGAAUCAGGCAGCUGGGUGCCAGCUUCGCCAGUGGGGCGGCGAGCCCGACCCAAAUUACCGAGCACGCACUGCAAGCCGCAAAGGUAGCAUCACAUUUGAAUGCAUUUAUUCGGUUGACGCCAGAGGUGGCCUUAUCGAGUUCCAAUGAAUCCUCGUUCCGUUACCAACGCCGUGGACAGAGAAGUCCUUUAGAAGGAGUCCCCAUUGCUGUGAAAGACAAUUACUGCACAAAGGACAUUCCUACAACCUGCGCUUCCAAGAUGUUGGAGAAAUUUGUUCCUACUUACAACGCGACAGUGGUGGAUCGGUUGAUUCACGCCGGAGCAGUAUUGCUGGGAAAGACUAAUAUGGAUGAGUUCUCCAUGGGCUCGGGAUCAGUUGAGUCGUUUUUUGGUCCGGUGAAGAAUGUUUGGAGCAAAGACUUCGAAAACGAUAAUUGGCGCAUAACAGGCGGAAGUUCUGGUGGAUCGGCUGUUGCUGUUGCUUCUGGAAUUUGCUUCGCUGCCAUCGGAUCAGACACAGGCGGAUCAGUACGGAUUCCCGCUUCUUACUGUGGUGUAGUUGGUCUGAAGCCAACUUAUGGUUUAAUCUCUCGACAUGGACUGAUACCUUUAGCGAAUUCAAUGGAUUGUCCAGGAGUUCUGGCAAAUAAUGUCGACGAUUGCGUUUCAGUAUUAAAUGCAAUUUCCGGACCAGACGACUGUGACUCUACAACAAUAAAAGAGCCUUAUCCGAAAGUGGAGCUGCCUUUUCUAGACCAAAUAAACGUUGAAGGCAUUCGCGUCGGUAUACCCGAACAAUGUAGUUGUGAAGGCUUAAUGCCAGAAGUGCGGGACACCUGGGUUAAGAUCGCUGAUAUAUUAGAGGACAACGGGGCGCAGGUUCGGCGGGUGUCAAUGCCAAACAUACUUAAUUCGAUUUAUGUAUAUUCGGUGCUGAAUCAAUGCGAAGUGGCUAGUAAUAUGGCAAGAUACGAUGGAGUUGAAUAUGGACACCGAGCCUCAACGGCAGCAAGCACAGAAGAACUGUACGCAAAAAGCCGAUCGGAAGGCUUCAAUAUCGUCGUUAAAACUCGAAUUUUAGCUGGAAAUUACUUUUUACUAAAACGCAAUUACGACAACUACUACAUUCGUGCCAUGAAAGUACGUCGCAUGAUCUUUAACGACUUCAAACAAGUUUUCGAAAAGGACGGUAUUGACGUUCUGCUCACUCCUACUACACUCACCGAUGCACCAUUGUAUAGAGAAUUUGUGACAAAAUCUAAUCGUGAUCAAUGUGCUUUGAACGAUCUUUUCACAACGCCUGCAAAUUUGGCAGGAAUUCCAGCUGUAUCGAUUCCAAUACGUUUGUCAUCUAAUUGCCUUCCGAUUAGUCUGCAGUUGAUGGGGAAUACGCUUCAAGAAAAUCUGUUGUUGAGGGUGGCGAAAUGGAUUGAAUCACGUGUAGAUUUUCAAGGGGUGGCUCCGCCAGAAGAUCUGCGAAGGAUGAUGGAAAUUAUGAUUAGUGCAGCGGAGAAAAAAACUAGUUAAAUGUAAAGUUAUUUAAAUUAUACUUUUUUCUUUAUAGUU